UCAAAGAGGGAGAAUCAAUGUCUUGUUCGUGGACAACAGAACCCUGAGCAACUGUGACCGCAGUCAACUAGCAAAAAGUGUUGCCAGGCUAGGGUUUUAGGGCUCUGCCGUUGUAAAACCCUGGCUCCGGUAAUGGAGGGCUUGAAGGUUUCCGAUACCAAUAUGAAAGUGUUUUUGCACCCAUCGAAGAGCGGCGACGUCGACGGAGCAAUUCAUCACCAGCUGAGCUCCAUGAUUUUCAAGUUUGAUGAUAAUUUGGAUGGUGUCUUAGUUGCUUAUAAGUUUGACAUUUCAUCCAAGGAUGCAAAGAUUCUGAAUGGGGUUCAUCCUUAUUUUACUGUGAGCAUAAGAGCGACGCUGUUACUUUUCUCUCCAAAGCCAAAUAUGCUUGUAGAAGGGAAGGUGGUGAAAGUCACACGAGGAUCCAUAUCUGUCAUUGUUCUUGGCUUUUCAUGUGCCUUCAUAAAAGACGAAGAUAUUCGCGAAGAGUUUAAGUAUAAAUAUAAACGUGGCAAGCAAGUAUAUAUUAGCAGAUAUCAGAAGCGGCAUGUGAUAAAAGUUGGAAGCAUGAUACGACUUUCAGUCAACAGUUUGGAUGUGGAGACACUGCACAUAUAUGGUUCUUUGCGUCCAGCUCACACAGGGAGCAUUCGCUUUUUAGAUAAAGAUAUGGAAGAUGAUGGACUUACAGACAGGAGUAAUAAGAGGAGAAGAGAAAAUGAGGGGGAGUCAGUUAUGCAAGAACCCAGUACGACAGUUAUUCAAGGGCUUAAUACCAAAGUUAAGCCUAGUUCAAUCGGUACCGAAGCAUUUUCUUUCAAUAAUGACCAGUAUAUCAAGAAGUCAAAGAAACACAAGACAAGGUAAAGAGACUUUAUAAGAAUGCUGUGGGGUUUCUACAUUCUUUUGUGGUUACUUUUUGAUUUCCAGUAGCAUCAAUGUUGUAUUUCUUCACAAGCCAAAGUCAUGUUAGCUACACCCAGGUUCUGAAGCCUCAAAGUCCAAAACAGAAAAAAGCGUUAAUGCAUAUUAGCUAUUUAGCUCAUCCCAGAUAGAGAUGCAUCUUAACUUUUAUUGUAAUUGGUUUUAGCUUUUUAGGACUUGUGUUCUGUGAUGCUUGUAACUUUGUGAUAAAUUAUCUGUCUUUGAGGUUAUGUGUAAUGCAACAUGUUCCUUAUAAUGGAACUGAAGCUCAGUUUAUCAUUUUGCUGAGUCAUAUGA